AUGGAACCAGUAAUUUUAGAUGUGGUUCUUGUGUUUGUCAUCUUCUUUCCUCUCAUCCUACUCUCCAGGCUUGCUAAGAAGAGAUUCCAUCGCUCCCAGCUGCGACUGCCACCGGGCCCACGAAAAUGGCCCAUCUUUGGUAACCUUCUGCACUUAGGACUUCUUCCCCACAAGGACCUAGCCCAGUUCUGUGCCACCUAUGGACCUCUUGUCUAUCUUCGCCUAGGGACCGUCGAUGUCAUCACCACCGAUGACCCGGAUGUCAUCCGUGAGAUACUUCUCCGGCAGGACGAUGUGUUCGCCUCCCGGCCUCGGACGGUAGCCGCCGCCUAUCUUGCCUAUGGGUGCGGCGAUGUGGCGCUUGCUCCAUUGGGCCCACAUUGGAAGAGGAUGAGGAGGAUUUGCAUGGAGCACCUGCUGACCACCAGGCGGCUCGACUCAUUCUCGGGUCACCGAUCCCAUGAGGCCCAACACCUUGUUCGAGAUAUUUGGUCUAAGGCCCAGGCUGGGGAGCCUGUGAACCUGAGGCUGGUCUUGGGUGCCUUCUCCAUGAACAAUGUGACAAGAAUGCUACUAGGGAAGCAGUAUUUUGGGCCGGAGUCGGCUGGGCGUAACGAGGCGAUGGAGUUCAUGAGCAUUACUCAUGAGUUGUUCUGGCUGUUGGGCAUGAUAUAUCUCGGUGAUUACUUGCCUUUCUGGAGAUGGUUUGAUCCAUUUGGUUGCGAGAGGAAGAUGAGGGAGGUGGAGAAGAAGGUAGAUGAGUUCCACCAGAAGAUCAUUGAUGAGCAUAGGAAGGCAAGGGAGGAGAAGGAUGUUGGUGGUGUGGAUGGUCAUGGGGCAGAGACGGACUUUGUUGAUGUGUUGCUUUCUCUGCCUGGAGAGGAUGGGAAGGAACAUAUGGAUGAUGUAGAAAUCAAAGCUCUAAUGCAGGACAUGAUUGCUGCAGCCACCGAUACAUCAUCGGUGACUAACGAAUGGGCCAUGGCAGAGGUGAUCAAGAAUCCAUGGGUCCUUCAAAAGGUCCAAGAGGAGCUCGACUCAAUAGUAGGCCGCGACCGGCUGGUGUGUGAAUCAGAUCUAGCCCAUUUGACCUAUCUCCGGUGUGUUGUUAGGGAGACUUUUCGGAUGCACCCAGCCGGCCCAUUUCUCAUCCCUCAUGAGUCCACUGGACCAACCAAGCUAAUGGGCUACGACAUCCCAGCCAAGACUCGUGUCUUCAUUAACACGCAUGCACUCGGGAGGAAUUCCCGAAUUUGGGCUGAUGUUGAUGAGUUCCGGCCGGAAAGACAUUGGCCGGAGGACGGUCAGCGAGUGGAGAUAAAUCAUGGGUCUGACUUCAAGAUCUUGCCAUUCAGUGCGGGGAAGCGCAAGUGUCCUGGUGCACCACUUGGAGUUGUGAUGGUCUUGAUGGCUUUGGCGAGGCUUUUCCAUUGCUUUAAUUGGUCACCGCCAGAUGGGCUUCGGCCCGAGGAUAUCGACACCGAAGAGGUUUAUGGGAUGACCAUGCCAAAGGCCAAGCCUCUGGUGGCAAUGGCCAGGCCUCGCUUGGCACCUCAACUAUACUGUUGA